GGUUAGCGGAUUAAGCCGGUGUAUUUUCCGGAUAUCCUGGCUUAAAUCUCGAUUCGGUUUCACAAAAAUAGGGAACACAUAAGUUACCGUGGCGAUUUCUUUUGUGCAGCUAACCUGCUCCAGACCAGGCUAACAGUCAGCUUAAUUAAACUGUCUUUGCUUAAACAGUUAAACAAGAAAUUGUCCCUUCAAAACAAAAACCUCACAACUCAAAAAGGAAGUUAACCAUCGGUAAAGCUAAUUAAAUCGAUAUAGCUUAUACAUUCUAAGUUAUUUGCACACAAUGUACUCAACAUUUCAUCCACAUACUUCCCAGAUACUGCAAAAGUAUUAUAUUUAAUCUUGACCUAUUGUGUUUGUUCUGUAUAAAUAUUUCUAAGAGGUAGGACAGAAAAAAGUAACAUGAAUGAAUCUGCUGUCAGAUUAACAUGUUAUAAUAUUGACUUCCACUGUUCAUUUAUUUGGCUAAAGUUGUUUAAUAGAGUAUAUGACAGGUAUGAUUAUGAUGUUUUUUUUUAUUCAAGAAUGGUUUAGAAAUGUAUAUUUUACGCUAUAUAUGCAUUCAAUCGAUCCACUAUUGUUUCCUGUAUUGGAGCAGGAGGGGUUUUUUUCCCCUUAGCAUGAUGUGCUUCAAUUCCUCAUAAUCCUCAAUAUAAGGAUGAUCUCUUGUUCUCUUGAAAUCUGUGGACACAUAUUCACCUGAAUUACUUCAUCCUGGGCUGACACAGCUGCACCUCCUGUGCCUGGUUUGGUCUUUGUGAAACAGGUGGUCAACAAUCAACUCAGUUAAUCCAGUAGGAAUGGGUCAGAACUCCAGCAAACUAUCGUGAGAAACUUGUACAAGAAAUCUCAAAAGGUUUGACCCAUGUCCUACAGUUUUUAAAAGACAGUUACCCCAGAUACUGACCAAGUGUACGUACAUUUUUGAAAUGUAGAAUGUAGCUGCGGCAAGAGCACACCUUUGCGCUGUGACACAAUUGCGCGUAAAUGUUAUUGUUCUCAAUAACUUUUCUAACAUUUAGCAAAUACAAUUAAUUUUGAUUAUUCUGACUGAUCUAAGAUGAGAUAAGUUUGGUCUGAUUUAAUUUCAGACAAUGAGAAAAAAAAUCUGUGUGUCUAUUUAGUUGCUGUAUUUAAACUUCUGGUUUCAACUGUAUGUUAGAGGGAAUGACUAUUUAGUGUAGCAUAGUUCAUUUUCAUACUUCAGUACUGCAACUGCAAACAGAACUUGUUUUUAAAAUCCAAAUCAGUCAUGUCGUAAAGCAUGAAAUAUAUUAUUUUCUGACCAGACAAAACUUUGCUUUUCUGUAAAAUAACACCAGCCUUGAGCUGUGUGAGUGUGCUUCACAGGACUGGGCUGUUGUGUGUUGCACUUUUUCUGAUGAACAGUUUUUCUUGUUUCUCAUCACUACUCUGUGUACCUAACUUUACCUUGCUGUCCUUCUGCAGGCAGUAGAACCAGAGCAGCCUUUCCAUAGCUCUCAGGUUCAGAGCAUGAUCCAGUCCAGCAUGUCGGCAUUAAGGCCCCUGAGGACCCUUCUGUUUGGAGGACAUUACAGUCUGACCCGUUUCUGCUCAGGCUUUGUGUCCAGAAUUAGGUACAUAAACAAGCUGAAGGAGAAUGAUGCAGCAUGUCUUUCAGCACUGCAAAAUGGGCACAUUUUCCUGUUUCAUCGUCUCAUGCCGCUGCUGCAGUGCAGUGUUCCGGAAACCUUUCGACCUAUUGCUCUCAGCUACUCAGAAGUCCAGUCAGUUCUGCAUAAAAGUGGUUCUGAUGGAUCCUUGCUAAAAGAAUCCAUCCUGAUUGGCUGUUCUGAGCAGAACCAUGCUCAGUUCUGUCUGGAUGUGGGAGAACUGGAUCCAGCAGCAAUCGUAAAGAAUUGUAAGGGAACAUUCAUGGAUCUCAGGAAAGCUUUCUUUCUCCUAGAAGGAGCUGAGGCACCUCUAGUCGCCAAAGCUCAGGCUUUGCUGCGAUGGCACCAGAUUAACAGGUUCUGUGGCGCUACAGGACAGCUGACCCAACGGAACCAAGCUGGAAGCCAGAGGGCCUGCAGCAGCAGCUCUAUUGUCUACUACCCAAAGAUGUCUCCAGUGGUGAUUGUCCUGGUGUCUGAUGGGAAACGUUGUUUGUUGGGCCGUCAGUCGUCCUUCCCUCGUGGGUUGUAUAGUGCUCUUGCUGGCUUCUGUGACAUAGGAGAGACUCUGGAAGAGGCUCUGCGCAGGGAGGUAGCAGAAGAGGUGGGUCUGGAGGUACAGAACAUCAUCUACAGUUCAUCGCAGCACUGGCCAUUCCCUAACAGCUCUUUCAUGCUGGCCUGCCAUGCCACUGUUAGCCCCGCCCACUCUCAGCUGAAUGUGGACCACUUGGAGCUGGAGGAUGCUCGCUGGUUUACUGAGGAAGAAAUCACAUGCGCUCUGCAGGUAAAAGCUCCACCUUGGAGAGAUCAUCGACCUGCUGUCUGGCUGCCUCCCAAACAUGCUGUUGCUCACCGCCUUAUCAUGGAGUGGAAGGAGCAGCAACACAGCAAGGACACAGAAUGAUGUUUCAAUGUGUUGAGGAACAAUACAAGAACUCAUGAAAUAAAGUCCUACUGUAUUAUCCCUA